AUGGCGUAUUGGCUUCGGGGGACGGUCGUCGCGGCGCUCGGCGGGGGCUGGGCGUCGGUGCAGCUCCUGGAGCGCGUGCAGGAGGAGGCAAAGGAGCGGAAUGAGCCGGUAGCUGCCGCGCUGCAUGCGCUGCCGGAUGCGCUGCUUGCUACAGCGUUUGCCGUCGCACCGCCGCCCCGAGGCGUCCUCGAGUACGUACGCACGCUGUGCGUCGCGCCGCCGCCGCAUACGGACCCGGCAGAGCACGAUAUGGGGACGCUUAUGCUUGCGCUUCUUGCGCGCGCGGAAAGCAACACACAGACCGCCGACCAAAUCUGUGCGCUGAUCCUUGAAGGCUGCGGCGACGACGUGCCGCGAUCGCUCACGCCGGCGCGUCUCGCGGAGCACGCGCCGGAGCACCGCUUCUGGGAGCAGGGUCUCCAGCUUGUUUCCGUCGCACUCGCGCUCGCGGCGCCGCAGGGCGCUGCCGCAGCGCUCUUCCAGCGCCUCGCCGCGCAUCCCCACCACGAAGUACUGCCGGAGCGCUUCGAGAACAUUGUACAACAGGUGGAUAGCGCAUGUGCUCAUGAUGCGGCAUGGACAAGCGUGGCACAGGCACUCGUCGCCCUCGAAAAAGAGCCCGAGGAAAUGGCCGUGCGCCCGACGCACACGGGCCUCCCGGACCUCUGGAGCGGCCGCCAGACGCUUCCGUACGCACUCGCGCUCGUCGCCGCGGCGGAAAAUAGGCAUACGGGCAACGUGCGCGUCGCGCCGCUUCCCCCGCCGCCGGAACCGGAGCCGGAAAUGAUAUACCUCGUGCACCGCCUGUCGUGCGAUGUGGUCGACUGGCAGGACAAGUGCGCCAUGGCUGAAGGCAUGCUCCAGACCCGCCUCGCGCAUGCUGACGCAGAGCCAGACAAGAUGCGCCUCUCUUUCUACGUCGAGCUGCUGAUUGCGACGGCGCAUGCGGCGCAGACCUGCGUCGGCCACGCGCAAGAGGCGGCGCCAGCGUGGCGCGCGGUCAUCGGCGGCGUUCUUCCUCCGCUGCUGCGCUUCCUCGACAGCGAGAGCGAGGUCGAGGCGCAACGCAGCCUCUAUGGCGCGAUAUCCGCCUUUGUCCAGUACCACACGCCGCUGAGCCAGUGGGCGAUGCUCGAGCCGCCGACCGAGCCCGCGCUCCCCGAGCAUAUCCUGCGGUGCAUGGCGAGCUGGGGCCUCGCCGAGACCCAUGCGUGUGAGCCAAUCUCUGCGAGCGAAAUUGUGCUCGCAGCAGAUCCGAAUCUGCAGCAAUACCGGUCCUCGGUCCAGGCCCAGCUUACGACGCGGGGCGGAAUUGCGCCGCUCGCUGCACAGGCCGUGUCGGACCCCGCACGCCAGCUAUGCUUUGCGCUCGCCUUGGCCGUGGCCGGUUCACAGUGGACGCGCGAGGCAGCAGACAUGGACCAGGUCGCCGAGGUGUGUGCCGCGCUCGACACGCCUGGUGCGUGCGAGGCGCUGUUCUUCUUUUAUAGCCGCGCAUCGCUCUGCAAUGCGCUCCUCACCGCGCUGGAGCAGCUGCGCACCGCGGAGUGGCAGGACGCUGUGGAUCUCGAGACGAUCGGCACAGUGAUCCUCUUUGUGCAGCGGAUUGGCGUGCCGACCGACAAGCCGAGCGCAGCCACGGUGUUUCUGACCUUCACGCAGGUGCCUACUCUCCCGCGUGAAGCUCUGUCGGACAAGCGGCGUGACCUGCUGGACCGGUGGUGCAGCGCGCUGGUUUCGGACGGCGUCUCGGACGCCUUGCUACGCGACUCGCCGCCGUGGACUGUAUUCCGCCUUGCACCGACCCUGCUCCAGCAACUGAUGGGCGCCUACCGGCAACAAGAGUUCGAUCUCGCCACACUGCAAUCCGCACUGUCCUACUUUUUGCAAGCACCGCUGCGCUACACACUGCCGUGCAUUUUGCACUGGCUUGUGCAGCAGGUGCAGUACGCAUCCGCAACAUCCAUCUAUGUAUCCGCACCGCACAGUACCGUGCAUCUCGAGAUGCUCGUGAUGCUUCUUGGCGCCGAGACGUGCCCUCCGUCCGUCCGUGCUAUGUUUGCGCCUACCGUGCUUCCGCUGCUAGGCGACGCACACGGCGAGUUACGGGACCGUCUACGAAGCCUACCCCCCUCUUUUCUCGUGCCGUGGCCAGGCGCGAGCUUGGCCCUGGCCCUGGGCCCCGACGCGACCGCCUCGGACGCCGCUGCGGCCUUUCUCCAACAGCGCGGCGCGUCGGCGGCGGCGCGCUGGGCCCUGUACGCUGCACUCCAUACCGAUAUCCACGCAAGUGCAGCGCGCCUCGUCUGCGCCACGCUUGCCCUCGCACCACCCCACCCUGGCUCUGAGGUGCGCACGGUGGCCGCGUGCUGCCUCGAGAGCGCUGCGCUCGCGCGGAGCAUGCCUGGCGACCCGCAGGCCGUGGACCACCUCUUCGCCCUCCUUUCCAGCCGCGCAUCAAUGCUGCGUGAACUGCUGGCCGGUGCACGCCCCCCGCUGGCGGUUCUCGCUGGAGCACUGCCGAGUACAGAGCCAUAG